AUGCAUGACUCCUCUGUUUCUUCCUCAGACAUCUUUGGGCUGUCUGUAGAACGCUCCUUUUUUCGCAUCCGAUACAUCCGAUCAGUCCUUGCCGGCAAAUCCUCACCAUCAAAAAUUGAAUCACCAGUGAAGGUAGCUCCCUUUGAGUACCUCAUGAGGGUCGGGAUUGGGACCCCGGCAAAGCCAUACUGGCUUAUUGCCGACACUGGGAGUGACCUAACUUGGACUCAGUGCCGCCCCUGUGACAUAUGCUUUAAGCAAAAGGCACCGAUUUUUGACCCCAGUUCAUCUUCGACAUAUCACCCCCUCAAGUGCUCCACACCACUGUGCCGAGCCCUUGAGGGUGAUCGCAUAUGUGAUGGCUCCUCAUGCCAAUACCAAUAUGCAUACGGCGACGGCUCAGCCACUCUUGGUAAUCUUUCAACUGAAACUUUCACAUUUGAAUCCCCAAAAUCCACCAUUGCAUCCCUUAAUCCCAGCAUACGUGCUAAAUCCAGUUCUGGUGCGACCGGUAUCAAUCCCACUAAAACUAGUACUAGUACCAGUCUUAGUACUAAUCAUGUCAUUGGUGCCAAAAUCAAAGGGAUCGGGUUCGGUUGUAGCUUCUCAAACACCGGGAACAUGGGCGGUGAUGGUGAAGCUGGUCUGGUUGGGCUUGGAGGUGGGCCCUUGUCGCUAGUCUCUCAAAUAGGGAGCUCAAUCUCGAACAAAUUCUCGUAUUGCCUUGCCUCAAGGCAUGAGAAUAACACGAUGAGUGUGUUGAACUUUGGCAAGAAUGCCGAUAUCUCGGGCCCGAAUGUUUCGAGUACACCAAUAGUUCAGAUGAAAGCGAUUCCAACCUUCUAUUUCUUGAAUCUGUCGGAUAUUAGCAUCGGUUCGAAGAGGCUUCACAUUCCUCAAGGGACCUUUGAUCCAAGCCCAAGUGGAGACAGUGGGCUCAUCAUAGAUUCAGGCACCACUAUGACUGUCCUGUCAUCUAUGGCCUUCAGUUCAGUGCUCAAAGGAUUAAAUAAAACUGCCGAAUUUCCACCUCUUGAUAAUCCUCCAGAACCAUUUGAAGCCUGCUACAAAGUGCCGGAUCCUCAUAGGAUCACUGGAUUACCGGACAUUACGUUCCACUUUUCCGGCAAUGCUGACUGGAAGUGGGAACCAAGAAAUUCAUUUUAUAUCAUGCCAAAGAAUGUGGUUUGCUUGCUCAUGGGAAGAUCUUCUGAUAUUUCCAUUCUGGGAAAUAUGCAGCAGCAAAAUAUGGUGGUUGAGUAUGAUCUUAAGGAGAAGAAGUUGUCCUUUGCACCAGCUCGUUGUAGCCAGUUCUAG